GAAGUAGUCAGGUAAAAUACCGGAAGUUGCUUUUGUUGACGGGCUGCUAGCCGCAUAGCUGCUGUGAUCUGGGGUUGUUAUUACGUUCUCUUUACAGUUCCAAAACUUGUCAUUGAAUCUAAGGUCCGUUCACACGGACACAAGGCUCGUCUCGUUUCACCAUAAGAGUGCUGUGAGAGUUAAACAGUUUGUGUAUUCCGGUAAACUAGACCAACGAGCGCUUUGUGAUAGCUUAGCUCUGCGGCUAACCCUUAGCCCAUCUCGCGAUAGCUUAACUUAGAUAUUGGCUAACUUCUAGCCCCUCUCGCGAUAGCUUAGCUUUGCGGCUAACCCUUAGCCCCUCUCGCUGUUGGCUCUACAGUCAGAUCUCAUAUCGAUACUGUCAUCGUAUAUCGACCCUGUCUGAUCAGUUUAGUGAUUUAAGAUCACCUCAGUGUCCGUCAUGGCAGUGGUCAACGAUGGCGCCCUGAAGAAAAUGCUGAAGCAAUACCGAUACAAGGAGAUGACAGUCCGAGAGAUCACCAACGUCAUCUCCCAGUACAAGGACCUCAAGCCUGUCAUGGACUCUUAUGUGUUCAACGAUGGCUCCACCAGAGAGCUGAUGAGCUUGACGGGGACGGUUCCUGUUAGCUACAGAGGAAACGUGUACAACAUCCCCGUGUGUCUGUGGCUGCUGGACACCUACCCCUACAACCCCCCCAUCUGCUUCGUCAAGCCCACCAGCGCCAUGAUGAUCAAAACGGGUAAACAUAUCGACGCCAAUGGCAAGAUCUACCUGCCGUACCUCCACGAGUGGAAACACCCCCAGUCGGACCUGUACGGCCUCAUCCAGGUGAUGAUCGUGGUGUUCGGGGACGAGCCCCCGGUCUUCUCCCGGCCCACCACGCAGGCCCCCCAUCAGGCCUUCCAGGCCGCCGGCCCCCCUAACCCCUCUUACAUGCCUGGCCUGCCUGCCGUUUCCCCCUAUGGACCGAAUGCCAACCCUGGCGGUUACCCUGGUUACCCGUACCCAGGGGGGAGCGCGUACCCGGCGGCGGCGGUACAGGGCCACUACCCGUCUCAGACCCCGGGCUCCGCUGUCGGCCCCAGCCGGGACGGCACCAUCGGGGAGGACACCAUCCGCGCCUCGCUCAUCUCGGCGGUCAGCGACAAGCUGCGCUGGAGGAUGAAGGAGGAGAUGGACCGCGCCCAGGCCGAGCUGGACGCCCUGAAGAGGACCGAGGAGGACCUGAAGAAGGGCCACCAGAAGCUGGAGGAGAUGGUCACGCGCCUGGACCAGGAAGUGAGCGAGGUUGACCGCAACAUGGAGCUGCUGAAGAAGAAGGACGAGGAGCUGAGUGAGGCGCUGGAGAAGAUGGAGAACCAGUCGGAGAACAACGACAUCGACGACGUCAUCGUGCCCACGGCGCCGCUCUACAAGCAGAUCCUCAACCUGUACGCCGAGGAGAACGCCAUCGAGGACACCAUCUUCUACCUGGGCGAGGCCCUGCGCCGCGGCACCAUCGACUUGGAGGUCUUCCUCAAGCACGUGCGUCUGCUGUCCCGGAAGCAGUUCCAGCUGCGAGCGCUGAUGCAGAAGGCCCGCAAGACGGCUGGCCUGAGCGAGCUCUACUGACCGGGACCCCCCCCCACGAGCUCUACUGACCCCCCAGGGCCGCGUCUCUCCCUCUCUGCGCCUGCUACUCUCAAUCAGUCCUCUUCUUCUCUUCUCUGCUCCCUCCUCCAUUCGAAGCAUCAAACCUGUGUUUGAAGAGCGACUAAUUAAUCCCCCGUCUUCAGCGCACUCAACCAGCUCGGUGUCUCUCUUGAAGUCUAUGUCGAGCACUGUCCCCCCCCCCCCCCCCCCCCCCCUCGAAGCCAAAGGGUUGAUAAUAGCGGGCGUACUUUUCUACAUAUCCGGGUCACAUUGGUACAAAUAUCCAGCGCUGGUUCCAAACAGGAAGUCAGGAUCCGGGCCGUGAGACACGAUGAGGCCCCCCCCCCCCCCCCACGCCGGAACCCUGAGGAGUGUGGGAAGAAGUUUACCAAUUUUUAUAAAAAUCUAAAGAGACACUCAAUCACCGCUCUGCCCCCCCCACCCCGCCGGCCAAGGCCAACGCUGAACCGCGGGACGUCCAGGGACACGCCGCUUUGCUCCUACAUUGUGCUGCAGCAGGGGGUCCUGGGGGGGUGGGGGGGGCAUCGCCCAGCAGGGGGUUCUGGGAGGGAGGCGGGCGUGACAGAGCAGGGGCGACAUGGCGUCACGGGCGACACGGCCAGCCCGUGGGGAGGUGUGUUCGUGUGGAGUAAGCACAAAUAGCUGCGGUGUAAGUUAGAGCGGCCCCUGCCCUCCUGACGAGAAGGUUACCCCGUGGUCAGGGGUGUCGAUGUCCGGGGCGACCUUUCAUGGAAGGGCAGCGGGCAGAAGGGCGGAGCUAUAAGUGGGAAAGCCUCCAGUAGGCAGGAAGUGGCUGGAAGCUCCUCGGCCUUGAGUUUGGGUUUUGUACUUCUUUGUGUCCAUGCUUUUGUUUCUUGUGAUGUUGGUCAGUCCCCCCCCCCCCCUUCCCUCCAUAACGACUCUCUCCUGUCCUUCCUUCCUCCUUUGCUCUUGUCUGUGUUAAGGAUCGUACCAGUGGGUUUUCCAUUGGGCUGCUAUGGUUUGUUUCCCUGUUGAUUCCUUCUUCAUUUCAGGUUGUCUCGACACUCUCAAGCCAACGGCUAACUUUAGCGUUUUACUCCAUUUACUUAUCCUCUUUUUUCGCUUUCCACUCCGAAUCGUCGAUGUUAUUGUUGUGGAGAUUCUCUCCGUGAGUUUAGGGAGAACUAUACAAAGAAUUGUUGUACUAAUUAAGUUAACUUAUCUAGUUUCCGGUCCUCUUUAAAAUUACUUUUUACUAAAUGCACUUUGAAUUGUACGAUGGUUAUUCUAGGUUUGGGUUUCAUCUCGUUGGGUUCCAGCCGUAGACGACUUGUCAAUUUUUGUUUUAUAUAUAUCUGUAGAUUUUAUGUAACUCAGUUCAAUUAAAACAAUUCUGACUGGA